AUGUCUGGCCAACUCCCCGACAAGGACAUCAUCCAGGACCGUGCUGUCCACGGCCUUCCCGUCACCACCGACGAGGUCUCCCACAUUGCCUCUACCGAGUCCGAGCUCACCGGCACUGGUCCCAUCAAGGGCGGCAAAGCAGCCACCGCCCAGAGCGUGCACGACAAGCAGCAGAACUUCCUCGACAAGGCGGGCGAUGUUGCUCGCAAGCCAGCGGAGCAGAUCACCAAGGAGGAUGCCGCCGAGGUGCAGAAGGCUGAGGCUCGUCUGAUCGGAGGCCAGCCUGAGAAGGGCUCCAUGUCGGCCAACCUGCAGUCCGCUGCGGACAAGAACCAGCAGUAA